UACAUUCUCACAUCGUCAGACUACACUCAGCACUCGAGUCGAGCGCCUUACUGACGUGAAGAGACACUAAUAAGCGCUGGCAGUGAUUUUCAUUUAGUUCAAAUCCGUUGAAGGGAUUACAAACCCGUGCACAACAGAGGCUGAUCCUCAGGGCAAUGAGAUAAUCUCAACCAUUCUUAUUCUGUCAAUGGAAACACAGGGACGCACAGAAAUGGCGCACGGAGAAGAGGAGAGGGCCAAAGAGCCGCUGGAGGAGAUCACGGAGGAGCAGUUCCUCAAAGAACUCUACAUGUUCAUGAAGAAGAGGGAUACACCGAUAGAGAGGAUCCCACAUCUGGGCUUCAAACAAAUUGAUUUAUUUGUGAUGUUCAAGACUGUCAAUGACUUGGGUGGCUACCAACAGGUGACCGCACAGCAGCUGUGGAAACAAGUUUACAACACGCUUGGAGGAAAUCCUCGAAGUACAAGUGCGGCCACCUGCACCCGCCGGCACUAUGAGAAGUUGCUCCUGCCGUACGAAUGCCACGUGAAAGGCAUUUUGAUAAGCACCCUGCCUCCGCAUCAGCCAAAGCCCUUCCACUACAGCAGCUACAGCAAAGACGAGGACGACGGCCAGAGACCAGCCAAACGCAAGCUGUUAUCAAUGCCGCUGCACCAGGGUCCUCAUAACCUCCAGUCAGAACCUCAUGGGAGUCUCUUCGCGUCGCCGCUCCACUUCCCCCACUACUAUCACCCAAGCCACCCAGUUCUUCCUCCGUAUCUCCCCAUCCCUCCCUCUGUGUUGCCGCCACACAGCUCCCUCGCCCCCAAGCUCCAGUUUCCUUUCCAACCGUGUGAGCUGAACUCAACGGACUCGGUUAAGGAGCCGCUGAAGCGCCUGCGCUACCUGGCGGAGCAGUACAAAACCACAUCCGGACUGGCCGAACCGCUGAACCUCAGCGUCAAAGCAUCGCCCCGGGAGACUAACAGCAACCCAGUGUCAUCGUUCGCCCCACCGUCAUCCAGCAAGAGCCCCAAGUUUUUAAACAAACCCUCCACGCUCUACGCUCAUCAUCCCGCGGAGGCGACCGGCGGUGACGGAUGUGAAGGACAGGAUGGCGAACCCAGCGAGGGAGUCCCAUGCGUUUCAUACCCGCCGACGGCGAGGGAGGAGGAUAUCGUCGACCUCACAGAAAAAGACGCCGACCACGUGGCGCGAAAACCCUGCUCUCCAAAAACAGACUUUACAAUCAGGCCAAAAGAAGAAAGAGGGGCGAGUCCAGAAGUGCCUCCAGACGUGCCUCGGGAAAAAGAUGACAAUAUGGUAUUUGAAAUACCGCUGUCUCUGUUUCACAAGUGGCUCAAGUUGUAUGGAUCCUCAGCCAUGAUGCAUGAAGCUAAAGAGCCUCCAUUUACAACCCAUGAGGAACAGUCUACACGAAGGAUCUGGCCCAACGCAGACGUCCUCCCCACCGACUUGACUUUUCACAUGAGUCCCCAGCACCAGGGUUUGGCUGAGGAUCUGAGGCGAAACCUGCCAAUGCCAACAGCCAGUCAGCUCAGUGCCAUCCAGAAUGGAUUCAGCAGCUACAAGCCUUUACCUUCAGGGGCCAUUCUGAAGAACGGAGCCAGUCUGGACGUCCGUCCCUUUGACCAGCAAGACGUUAACAAGUCACACAUCUCCAAGAGCACACUAUUCUGGGAGGCCUACGACAAAGAAACCCGUGACAGCCAAAUGAAAAUGGACUCUGGUCCCGUCCGAGGUCAACCAGGCAAAGUCCACGCAGAAGACUUGAUCCAAAGAGGGAAGCAGAGGUCGGACAUGGAGUCGUCCGCUCUGCUAAUGCUGAACUCCAGCUCGGGCUCUUCCCCGCUGUUCACCACCGAAGAAGUCAUGAAGUUGAAGAGAAUCCUCUCGAGCUCGUCGUGAAAGCAGCUGACAGUUAACUGACCCACCAACACCACGUCAAAGCUGACUCAUAAAUGUCCUCAGUCGUUCUUUUCUAUGCUGUACAUAAUUUUUUUUCCUCUGUCAACCCGUUACCAAAGUGUAAAUAUAACCCAAUAAAUGGCAAAUCAUUCAUGUCAUGAAGCAGAACUUGAUUUCAACGUUUCUAGUUUUUUUUGUACAGACGUGUUGCCUGAUUCGUUCAGUGAUAAUUAUUAUGUAAAUAUGAAUUAAUUCAAAUAAAUAAGUGUCAUGAAUUA